CGCAACUGUUUGAUUUAAAUAUUACGAGGCUUCCAAACAAUAGGAAUAAUAAAUGAUGAACGUUCAAAUAAGACACCCUUACGAGGGUUUAUUACACAAGUAUACCAAUGCCAUGAAAGGCUGGCAAUACCGUUGGUUUAUACUUAGUCCCGAAACUGGUGAACUUCAUUAUUUUCUUAGUGAAUCCGAGAAGAAUCAACGACCAAGAUGCUCAAUAUAUUUAGCUGGUGCAGUGAUUGCACCCAGUGAUGAAGAUUCUAAUACAUUCACUGUCAAUUCUGCCACAGGUGAUAUGAUUAAAUUGAGAGCCACAGAUGCCAGAGCUCGACAAGAAUGGGUAGAUAAAUUACGUGCUGUCACAGAAAUGUAUACCAGAGCAAUUGCCAGCUGUCAUCCCCCUUUACCUCCAAGGGAACAUUCAGCCAACUCCAAUAGAAACCCAGUGGCUAAACUAGAAGUUUUAGAUGCUUUUGCCAAUUGUCAGGAACAAUUGAGCAAAGUAGAAAAGCACAAUCUUGCAUUAGCACAAACUAUUGAGAAUUCAAGCUUGAAUUUAGACCCUGACCUUCUAGUUCUUAAAGCCACUGCAAACACUACGCUACAUACGCUGAGUCAGUGUUUGAACAUAUUAUAUCAAUAGUUCUUACUGGAAAUGUUAUCAUUCUUGACCAAGACU